GUUGCAGUGUCACGGCCGGCGCGGCCCGGCCAUGAAGCAGGAGGGCGCCGCUCGCCGCCGCGGCGACAAGGCCAAGGCCCCCCCCGACGGGGGGCCACCGCCGCCGCCCCCCCCCGACGUGGAGAUGCAGGAGGAGGCGGCGGGGACGGCGACGGGGGCUGGGGGGGAGGCGGGGGGGGAGAAGCAGCCCCAGAGGGAGUUGGAUGCUGUGACGCUGGAGGACAUCAAGGAGCACGUGAAGCAGCUGGAGAAAGCCGUGUCGGGGAAGGAGCCGCGCUACGUCCUGCGCGCCCUGCGGGCCCUGCCCUCCACCUCGCGCCGCCUCAACCCCAACGUGCUGCACAAAGCCAUCCACGGCUUCUUCACCUCCAACAGCACCGUGAGGGAUUUCCUCCUCGGCUUCCUGGAGGAGCCCAUGGACACGGAAGCAGAGCUGCAGUUUCGCCCGCGGACGGGGAAAGCAGCCUCAGCCCCUCUCCUGCCAGAAGUGGAGACCUACCUGCAGCUUCUGCUCGUUAUUUUCCUGAUGAACAGCAAGCGGUAUCCGGAGGCUCAGAAGGUGUCUGACGACCUGAUGCAGAAGAUCAGUACCCAAAACCGCCGGGCCCUGGACCUGGUGGUGGCCAAGUGUUACUACUACCACUCGCGUAUCUACGAGUUCCUGAAUAAACUCGACGUGGUCAGGAGCUUCCUGCACGCCCGGCUGCGGACGGCCACGCUGCGCCACGACGCCGACGGGCAGGCCACGCUCCUCAACCUGCUGCUGAGGAAUUAUCUCCACUACAACCUCUACGACCAAGCGGAGAAACUCGUCUCUAAAUCCGUGUUCCCCGAGCAGGCCAACAACAACGAGUGGGCCCGGUACCUCUAUUACACAGGGCGCAUCAAGGCCAUUCAGCUGGAGUACUCGGAGGCACGAAGGACCAUGACGAACGCCCUGCGCAAGGCGCCGCAGCACACGGCCGUGGGCUUCAAGCAGACGGUGCACAAGCUGCUGAUCGUGGUGGAGCUGCUGCUCGGGGAGAUCCCGGACAGGCUGCAGUUCAGGCAGCCCUCCCUCAAGCGCUCGCUGAUGCCCUAUUUCCUCCUGACUCAGGCUGUCAGGACUGGAAACCUGGCCAAGUUCAACCAGGUCCUUGACCAGUUUGGGGACAAGUUCCAGGCCGACGGCACCUACACCCUGAUCAUUCGCUUAAGGCACAACGUCAUCAAGACAGGUGUGCGCAUGAUCAGCCUCUCCUACUCCCGCAUCUCCCUGGCCGAUAUCGCCCAAAAGCUGCAGCUGGACAGCCCCGAGGACGCCGAAUUCAUCGUGGCCAAGGCCAUCCGGGACGGCGUGAUCGAGGCCAGCAUUAACCACGAGAAGGGCUACGUCCAGUCCAAGGAGAUGAUCGACAUCUACUCCACCCGGGAGCCCCAGCUGGCGUUCCACCAGCGCAUCUCCUUCUGCCUCGACAUCCACAACAUGUCGGUCAAGGCCAUGAGGUUCCCCCCCAAAUCCUACAACAAGGACUUGGAAUCUGCAGAGGAGCGCCGGGAGCGCGAGCAGCAGGACCUGGAGUUCGCAAAGGAAAUGGCAGAGGACGACGACGACGGCUUCCCCUGACCCCUCCGGCCUGGCUGAAUUUUUUUAUUUGUCCCUGGGGAAGAUGCUGGCUGAGGGGAGCUGCCCCCCGUGGCCCCCCCCGGGUCCCCGCUCUGCCUUUCUUUUAUAAAUACCUGCAUGUCUGCCCCCGGGGUGGGGGACGCGCGGCUUCCCUGGGCCCGCAGCCACUGGUCCUGCUCUCCUGUCCCCUGCCCCCCUCUGAGGGAAGCCCCUUCCCCAAUAAAACGUUCUUCUAAGGUUGCUUGUGAUCAGUUGUUGCGAGCCCCGGGCUCGGGAGCUCCUGGGGAAGCGGGGCCGGGGCAGGCGGGGGCAGCGGCAGCGCUCCCCGGGCACCGCGGCCGCCGCCAGCUCUUGCACCAAUAACGGGGUCAGACUUUGUUAAGCUCCAAUUAUGACUUUUAAAAUAAAAGUUGGAAAAAAAA